AUGGCCUGGCAUGGAGAGACAUACUGCCUGAUUGGAGGCUACCGUGUCUAUGGGGAUGCUCCACUGGCCACCCCUGAAAAGGCUGAGGAAGAGAAGCCGGCACCCAGGAGGGCUCCCAAGAGACAGAGAGUUCAGGAAGAGUCAGACCAAGAUCUAGGGUGUCCUAGCGCCAAAAUUCCUCGUCUCAGAAUGAAGCACGGUGGCAAAGGGCUAUCCCCAUAGAACUCUCCACCCAGCUGUGCUCGCUUGCCCCGCCCUGAGAAGAUGCGGCUCAAGGGCCUCCGGAUGCUUAACCCAGUGCUUUCAGUGUUCCUGUUGGUGCUGCUGCUGUUAGGGCCUUCACAGUCUCUAACAAGGACCCAGACCAAACCAGUCGACUUUGGUGCUUCCACUGCACCAAACACUCCCAGAGGCCUCACCAGGCCCAAGGGCACCUCCAGCAUCCCAACCACUGCCGGCAAUCCUAAUUUCCUAGACCUGGGAGAUCGUGUGAGAGCCCUGAUGCAAGAAUUCCUGCUUGUAGAUGGCCACAAUGACUUGCCUCUUGUUCUGAGGCAAUUUUACCUGAAUGGGCUACAGGACGCCAACCUGAGAAACUUCACCUAUGGCCAUACCAACCUGAAUAGGCUUAAAGAUGGCUUUGUGGGAGCCCAGUUCUGGUCCGCUUACGUACCAUGUCAGACCCAGGACCGGGAUGCCUUGCGCCUCACCCUGGAACAGAUUGACCUCAUUCACAGUAUGUGUGCCUCUUAUCCUGAGCUGGAACUUGUAACCUCAGUUAAAGGUAAGUGGACUUCUUCAAGCACCCGGAAACUGGCCUGCCUCAUUGGUGUGGAGGGUGGCCACUCCCUAGAUAACAGCCUCUCUGUGCUUCGAAGUUUCUACCAGCUGGGGGUGCGCUAUCUGACGCUCACACACACCUGCAACACACCCUGGGCAGAGAGCUCAUCAAAGGGCGUCCACUCAUUCUACAGCAGUGUCAAAGGACUGACCAGCUUUGGGGAAAAGGUGGUGGCAGAAAUGAAUCGCUUGGGUAUGAUGGUUGACUUGUCCCAUGUCUCGGAUGCUACUGCACAGCGGGCCUUAGAAGUGUCCCAGGCACCUGUGAUCUUCUCCCACUCAGCUGCCAGGGGUGUGUGUCAAAAUGCUCGGAAUCUUCCUGAUGACAUCCUGCAGCUUCUGAAGAAGAACGGUGGCAUCGUGAUGGUGACAUUCGCUGUAGGGGUGCUGCAGUGCAACCCGUUAGCCAACGUAUCCACUGUGGCAGAGAAAGGUCAACUGAAGCACCAGUCUCCUCCACCCAGAGAUGCUCACUUUGCAGUCAUUGGAUCCGAGUUCAUCGGGAUUGGUGGAGAUUAUGAUGGAACUGCACAGUUCCCUAAAGGGCUGGAGGACGUGUCUACAUACCCAGUGCUCAUAGAGGAGUUGCUUAGACGGGGCUGGAAUGAGCAGGAGCUGCAAGGUGUCCUUCGAGGAAACCUGCUUCGAGUCUUUGGAGAGGUGGAACAGGUACGGGAGAAAAACAGAUGGCAAAGUCCCCUGGAGGUCAUGAUUCCAGAGGAGCAGCUGGACAGUGCUUGUCAUUCAGUCUUGCCAGGUCGACAUCUGAAACAAUCUCCAGAAAAGAACCAAUCAUCAAUCCCAAUACAUCAUGCACUCAAGUUAGCAUCCAAGUGGUCACACUCAAAAUCUUCUCCCCACAUAGUCCUAAGCCUCAUGGUUGUUGCAACCAUUUUAGACCUUAUUGUAUGAUUUUGAUGAUCCAUGCAGUCUUCCCAGAUAUCAUUCUGGCAC